UUUAAUGAAGUACUUCAAAUAAUGUCCGUAUCUGGAAAUGUUCAUUUGUUUAGUUAAGUAAAAGCAAUACAACAUGUUGGAAAAUUAAAACAAAACGUUCAAUAUCCAUAUAGGGAAAAUAAGCUUUUGAGUUAUGAAUUGAAUUGUAAUUUAGCUCGUAGUUGUAGCUGCAGAUGUAUUGGCAUAAAGCAUGCAACCCUCUGAAAUGAAAGGCAUUGAACAGCUAGUUGCUUUAGAAAUAUGCAACAACACUUCCCAUUGAGAGUGAGAGUCAUCGUUUGCACAAUCUGUAACCUCAUACAUUCUUGUGACUGUGCCAUCGUUUUGAAGACAGAUAACAGCAAGAUCCUCAUGUUUCAGUUAAUCAGCAACUUGACCUCUGCUCCACAUUUUUAGAGAGGUAGAUAAAGCCAUUAGUGAUUCUCUGAAAAGGAAAUCUGAAGCUGGAGGAAAUGUCAGAUUCUGCUUGCAAUAUGGAUGAAGCAUCUUUGGACUAUUAUACACAACCAGGUGCCAUGGUUAAACAUGCAUCAGCAGAUUCUUCAAAGUCAGUCAUUAAAGCAGGGAAGUGUUUCAUAUUUCAAGUUUUGCUCGAAGUUAUCAACUAGCCAGCAUACAGACCACUCUCCCUGCCCUUUGCAGUAAUGGCAGAAACUCCUUACUCGCAUCAGGUAUUGAAUUACUACCCUCACAAACAGAACUUACACAAGUAAAAGGGAAGAAAGAAGCCAUGAGUGCAGAAUAGCAUCCCUCUGGUUACGGAAAACAAUGCUACCACUAUUUACGAUUUGUUAGGUCGCAAGUAGAGAGCUACAAAGCAUAGGCUGGAUAAAGCUUCUUUGUAUAUAAUAACGAGGCCCUCACUCCUGAAACUUGAUUUUUUUCCCUCACAGCCCGACUGUAUUCAGAGGAAACUGAAUUAGCACCUGCUCCUGCCAAAUACUAGAGGAAUGUUGGGAGUGGCACGUUGAAAUACCAGGUUACCUGCCACUAUUGGCAGAUAGUUCUACCUUAUUUUGAGAAGUAUACUUUUUUAAAAGAACAACUCCUACAUUUUAAUUAUUAAAGAUUUGGGUUGCAUCUAACCCCUGCUUGAAACUCCUAUCUUUUAAAUUGCAAGCCAGGUUCAAAUAAUAAACGGCCGCUAGACGAGCGUUUCAAUAAAAUUGGGGUUGUGAAGAAAAGGGGAGGAAAUAGAAGAGAAGAAAUUGUUAUGAGCAGAUUAAGGAUCGGUCUCAGAAAUUUGAACAUCACACUUCAUAUUAUUAGGAAGCACCCCACGGGUUUUUGUGGUUUUUGUCUGGUUGCAGAAACAAUAGAGCAUGUGUUAAUGAAUUGUAAACAAUAUGAAGGACAUAGGAAAGAGAUGAUGGAAGAGUUAUGAAAAAUUGGAAUAAAAGGGUCAGGAGUGAAGGAAAUACUAGAGAGUGGGGAGAAUGAACAAUGUAGAGAAACUAUUUUAAAUGUUUUAUUAAGAACAGGUCUGGUGAAAAGAAUAUGAAAUAAGGAUAUGAUAUAACAGAGAAAUAAAUCCGGAAGAUGGCGGUAGUGCAACAUAAAAGAAUGCAAGCUGCCGAUAAACCCUAAAGAAGAAGAAGAAGAGCGUUUCGUCAGCCUCCACAUCCCACAAUGCCUUUCGGCAACGUCACCGCGUGUUGUUGCGGAAGUGCCGGUGAAACGCUGUGCUGGUAAUUCUCUGCUCGGACACAGUGGCAUUGAUUGUCUUUUUUAAAAAGCAGAUAUUCUUCACAGGGCUCGAAUAAACGUCUGUUAUGGCAGCUCUAAAAUUCGCAGGUAUGGACGAUACUGAUAGUGAGGACGAGUUACCCCCCGGGUGGGAAGAGAGGUCCACGAAGGAUGGAUGGGUGUACUAUGCAAGCCAUGACGAGAUGAAGACACAGUGGGAACACCCGAAGACGGGGAAGAAAAAGCGCUGUGCAGGAGAUUUACCGUACGGUUGGGAGCAAGAAACUGAUGAAAAAGGACAGAUGAUUUAUGUUGACCACAUAAACAAGCGGACCACCUACUUUGACCCGCGGCAGGCCUUUACAGUAGAGGACGUGGUGCUGAAGCCAAAACGCUACGAUGGAAACACUUCUGCUCUCGAGAUCCUGCAGGGCCGUGAUUUCUCUGACAAGGUUGUCCUCAUUACUGGGGGAAACUCUGGCAUUGGCCUGGAGACGGCCAGGUCUUUCGCUCUUCACGGCGCCCACGUGAUCCUGGCGUGUCGAAACCUGUCCCGGGCCAGCAAGGCCGCCAGCCUCAUUCGGCAGGAGUGGCACAAAGCCAGGGUGGAAGCCAUGAUGUGCGACCUGGCCUCUCUCCGGAGUGUCCGUGAGUUUACCGAGUCUUACAAGGCCAAGAAACUGCCCCUUCACAUUCUGGUGUGUAAUGCAGGAGUGUGCACUCAGCCCUGGAGCUUGACGGAGGACGGCCUGGAGUCCACCUUCCAGAUCUGCCACCUGGGUCACUUCCUGCUGGUCCAGGGCCUGGAGGAGGUGCUGCGGCGCUCGGCCCCCGCCCGCGUGGUGCUGGUGACUUCUGAGUCCCACAGGUUCACAGACCUGCUAGACUCAUGUGCCAAAGUGGACUUGGCCCUGCUGUCCCCCCAGAAGAAGGAGUACUGGUCGAUGCUGGCUUACAAUCGAGCCAAACUCUGCAACAUCCUCUUCAGCAGCGAGCUGCACCGGCGCCUCUCCCCUCACGGGGUCACCGCCAACGCAGUGCACCCUGGGAACAUGAUGUACACCUCCAUUCACCGGAGCUGGUGGCUGAUGACCUUUCUCUUCUCUCUGGCCAGACCUUUCACCAAGUCCAUGCAACAAGGGGCGGCCACCACGGUGUACUGCGCCGUGGCUCCGGAGCUGGAGGGGUUGGGCGGCAUGUACUUCAACAACUGCUUCCGCUGCCUGCCGUCCGCCCAGGCCCAGGACCAGGGCAGCGGCGCCAGCCUUUGGGAACUGAGCGAGCGCCUGGUAGCAGAGAGGUCAGCGGGCAUACAGGCCCUCUGAUGGACGAGGAGGAAGUGGGCGAGCCAAACAGGAAUCACGGAUAGGGGGGGGGGCUUUACGGGGAUGUCCCGCGUGAUGUGAACUGAAUGAAAGUGUGAAACUGACUGCAUAAUACAAGGGAGCUGCCAAGUCCAUUUGGAUAUGUGACGUCACUACGGGGGUUAAACACACGACACGUACAGUACAGGGGCGGGGUUCAUAUACACUCUACAGGUAAUAAAUCAAAGGUUGGGGUAUGUUCAGCUAUGCUGUGGUUGUUUACAAUGGGAGGAUUUGGGAAGCAUUCAGGGACCAAUUCAGGGAUCUCGUAAAGUUUGUUCUUUCUCUGUUUGUGUCUGUAACUUUUCUUUACAUCUUCUCCAUUUGAAAGAGCAAAGUUAAAAGACGCAAUAAGGGGUAUGCUAUUAGUCCGCUAUAUGGCAAGUAUUGUGUGAUCCCAAUUUUAUUCAAUAUCCUUUUGUCGUAUUUCAAAGAAGUCGUUUUUUUCUAUCGAGAUACAGAGAGCUAAUUUGUCUGAUA